AUGUUGCGCCGCUCUUCUGCGUGGCGUAAUGUGCCGUUUCCGGUGCUCCGCAAUGCCGAGGCCUUUCCACGGGUGGACCUCUGCAUCAUUGGAAGCGGCCCGGGAGGCAUUGCGGCCGCCAUGCGCGCUAUCGAAUACGGCAAAUCGGUCUGCAUCGUCGAAUCCCGCCGCGUCGGUGGCGCGGAUUUGUGGGGCGGAACGGUGCCCUCUAAAAUGAUGUGGGCAAUUGCGGACUUCGCGGCCUCCCUGACAGGUCCAGCGUGUAUGCAGGACUUGCUGAAUUCGGAUCAGGUGCGUCGCAUGGUCGACAGCAUCCCUAGCGAGCGCAUCACACAGCUGCUGCAGAAGACGUGCGCCGAGAAGGAGAACGAGUACCGCACAUUGUUGAAGGCCUCUGGGGUGCAGCUGAUUGAAGGUAAGGCAGCAUUUGCCAGCCCGAACGAAAUCGACAUCCACACAGAGGGCACCGGCGAGUAUCGUUCUCUUCAAGCGGACAACAUUGUCAUCGCGACCGGUUCAAGGCCGCGCAGCCACGCCUUUGCCAAGUGUGAUCACACCCGCAUCCUGAACUCCACCGACGUCUUUCAGCGGCCGAUACCGGCGAGUAUGGUGGUAAUCGGUGCCGGACCGAUGGGGUGCGAGGUGGCGUCGAUGUUCGCCAAGCUGGGCCGCACCAAGAUCUACCUGGUGGACAAGGCAGCGCGUAUCCUGCCCAAAGACGACGACGACGUCGCAUUAUAUGUGCAGCGUCACCUCAUCCGUCGUGGCGUCGUCAUCCACCAUGACUGCCGACUGUUUGACCUGGAGGCGGGGGAGGAGAACUGCCGGUACUCGGUGCGCAACAUCCGCAGUGGCGACAUUGACACCUUUCACGCCGAGCGUGCCAUGCUUGCAGUGGGACGCCGGCCCAACCUCGAGGCGCUGGGCCUAGAGAACACAAAGAUGCGGGUGGAGAAUGGGCAGCUGGACUGCGACGAGUACAGCCGCUGCAAGCCGUACAAACAUAUUUACUGCAUUGGAGACGCUACAGGGAAGCAGAAGACGGUGAACACUGCCCAAGCGGCGGGGCAGGCGGUGGUAGACACCAUGUUUGGCUGCUCCCCCAUGCUGGCUGUGAACACGAACGUCCUCAGGAACAUUGCGACCGACAUGUUCCUGGAGAACGAAGUGGCAAGCAUCGGCCUAAGCGAGCAGCAGUGCCGUGCGAGGGGCAUUAGCUACAGUGUGGCGAGGGUCGAGUACAGGCACCUCACCCGCUCCAUCGUGAUGGGGGAGAAGGACGGGUUUGUGAAGAUGAUUGUGACGAACGAUAGCGAAAAGCGAGUGCUGGGUGUUCGUGCGGUGGGGCCGCACGCCGGCUCCGUCGUGGAGGUGGCCUCUUUGCCGAUUCUCAACAACGAGUCCGUGUACACGAUGCUCAAGCACAGCCCUGCUUACCCUUCGCUGGUGUCAGGGGUGACAGAGUGCGCUGCGAUGCUGGUCCGUCGAGGUGCCCGGUGCUCAAACGUGGUGGACGGUAUCUCCAUCAAGGGCUGGGCCCCUGUCUGCAAGACGUAG